CAAGAGUAAGAAUUCUUUUUCUGGCUGUCUUCCUCCUUUUCUACGUUUGGCUUGUAAACGAGAAGAUGGAUCGUAUUAGUAGUCUACCUCUACCAAAGGAUCUUGUUUGUCAUCUACUGUCCUUCCUUACGACAAAGCAGGCUGCUCGGACAUCGGCUGUGUGGCCAAGAGGUGGCGCGAACUGAUUGCUUUUGUCCCUGAUCUUACUCUUGACGACUCUGAGUUUCUGCAUCACGAAAAAGAGACUAUCCAGUAGUUAAAAUGGAUAACUUGGUCGAGGCUCAAGUCCAUCUUUUGGUAACUGAAGAUGAGAUCAACCGAGUUCGAGCGCCACAUGAUGAUGAGUUCUUUGGGUUGGAUGAAGGCUUAGACGAUCCGAUUCUACUGUUUCCAAAUGUGGGGAAACUCAUGAACGGCAUAAGAAAUGUUAAGUAUCUCGACUUGGAACCAGAUACCCUAAGAGGUGCUUUCUCUAUGCUGUGAAUCGAUGCCGGUCUUCAACAAUCUCAAGUCUUUUUUACGUAUUAAGAGUGACAAGAAACGUGGAUGGCAAGCGAUGCCGGUUCUUCUAAGGAGCUGCCCACGUUUAGAAACUCUAGUCCUUGAGGGUCUCUUGCACCAUGAGAAAGAUAAAUGUGGGGAUGCUUGUGACUGCAUUAUUCGGGAAGACAAAGGUCUUUCUCUCGCAUCUUGGCCCGUGACAAUGUUGGAGAUCCAAGGGUUUCUUGGAACAAUGAAAGAGAUGGCAUUGAUAAAGCAUUUCUUGGACAACUUUCAGUGUUUGAAAGAGAUGGAGAUCUUCGUUGAAGAGGAUGAACCUACAGAGCUCAGAGUGCCUGAAGUGGCUAUGCUUAUCCCGCAGAUGAUAGAAGUGCACAACAGCUUAUCAAGCUGCAAUGUCCAGCUCCUGGUCAGUGAUUACUUGUCUAAGAAGUGGGCUGCAAAAGGAAGCCUCUGAAGAGCAAAACUUGUUUAUAGUUUUGCUAAAGUCACUGUCUGUUAUUUUGCUUCCUUUCAAACCAA